AAGAACAAGAAAGGGGAAAGGAGAGAUGAAGUUUACAGAUUCACCAGUGAUCGAUCUUCCAAUCCGCGAUUCCAUCCUAUCAUUCCAACAAGAUAACGCUACCAUUCACGUCGGUACAUCAGUCUGGCCAUGUUCACUCGUCCUAGUCAAGUUCGUCGAACGAUGGCACCCAUCUUCCUGCACCGCCGACACCAAUCCCUACGCUUCUCUCCUUGAUUUCAACCAUAAACGUGCUAUCGAACUCGGAACUGGCUGCGGCGUCGCCGGCAUGGGUCUUUUCCUCCUCGGUCUCCACGAUAUCCUACUCACUGACAUCGCUGCUGUUAUGCCAGCCUUAAAACACAAUCUCAAGCGUAACAAAUCUGUUUUAGGUAAAACCCUAAAAUCAACUCAGCUACAUUGGAAUAAACCGGAUCAGAUUAAGUCUAUGGGAUCUCCGUUUCAUCUUGUUAUUGCUACUGACGUUGUUUACAUUGAGGAAACUGUUGGUCCUUUGAUAUCGUCUAUGGAGACGCUGGUGGCGGAUGGAGGUGCGGUACUUUUAGGUUAUCAAUUGAGGUCUCCGGAAGCUCAUGUUCUUUUCUGGGAGAUUUGUGAACGGGUUUUUGAUAUUGAGAAGGUUCCUCAUGAACAUUUGCAUCCUGAAUAUGCUUAUGAGGAAGCGGAUGUUUAUAUAUUACGGAAAAAAGUUUAGAUUAUCUGCUGAAAUCGUCCUGGUUAAGAUUUUGCUGUUUUUCAAUCUAGUCUAUGGGAUCAAAUCAAGAGCAGCUGAUAUUCUAGCAUCUGAGGAUUGGUUGUUACUAUGAAGUAUGAAGUUACUUGGCACAUUGGGAUAUAUAUUAUGUGGGAAAAUUUUACAUUAUCGAUGGAUUAUUAUGCAUUGAGCAAGUAACAACUGUGAAAACAGACAUGUUUUUAUAUUUUAUGCAUUGAGUUAGUCUUUA